AUGUCGGAAUCCGCACCGACAAAAGGGUGGGCCGGGGACUAUCUGCUCAUCGCAUCCGGACAAACCAGCAAUGCACCCUACCUAGCUGAUUGGAGAAAGUUCAAGGAUCACAUGCGCAACUAUGUCAAAGAGCAGCCCGGCUGGGUUGAAGUCUACCCCGGCCGGAAUCGAGGGGUAAAGGAGUCAUGGUCCAGGUUGAAAGACCAAGGUGACGCCGAGUCGGCCUGGAAUGUGUAUUCCGCGGCAAAUGGCAUAUUGGUCCAUCUCUUUCAGACAAGCUUGACCACCCGAGACUACGAGCUGCUGAAAUGCAACUGCUCCCGGCACUUUCGCGGUGUCAGUGACCAGGCGCACUCGGCGAAAUCGGGGCUCGACAUCCACAAGAUCAAUCAGGCCUUCGGUAGAAAUUGUGCCUUUUCGGCGCCGCAGAACGUGCAAGCUCAGGCCCCGAACCCCUACGCAAGUUACCACCAAACCGCCAACUACUCCUACCAAGCUCCGCCGGCCGCGCCCCCGCAGGUGGCAGCUUACUCGCAGAACGCAGGCGGCCUCCCAGUGAACCUCGGCGGCGGCGCUAUGAUCACUGAGAGUCGUGGCGUCUUCAUUUCGGGACUUAACUACAAAGCUGGGCAUACUGAACUGGGUCAGCUGUUCGCAAGCAGGGGCCUGCGGCCAGACGAGGCAAAAGUACACAAGGACGCGAAAGGGAAGUCCAAGGGCUGGGCAACUGCAAUUUUCAAGACACCGGAGCUUGCUCGGACGGCCGUGGUCGCCCUCCACGACACAGAGCACAUGGGGAUGAAGCUUUUUGCCCGCCUAGACGCUGACGCGACCGUCAUCGCGCAGAUUGGCCCUCUAAUCGUGGACGGUUCGAAAUCGUCUGGGGUAUGUACCCGGGAAUCCCAGCAUCGUGGUAUCGCUAAUGGGACGUAGUAGUAAAGAAAGCGCGCCGGAUCUGGGGCGCUUGUGUUGCUAGCAGCACGUGUUGUCCUCGACGAUGCAGGUGGGCUUGGGCUUAGGCCAGCUGUCGCACGCACAAGGCACCUCUGCAGAUCCUGCAUGCAGCUGCCCUGUCGGUCCGCGCCGUCGGGUCGUGGGGCUUCCUCUUGGCCUUCUCGUCAUAUCUUGUUUCUCGACCACUUCAGCUUCAAUAUGGGGUCUGAAAGUCAGCGUUUCUUUCCAUUGCCUUUGGAGGAACCAACAGAGGAUGAUCAUGCGGCUUUUCCAGGAGUUUUGCUCUCUUGCUGCUUCGUCGCCGUAAUGGAGGGUGGAAAGGUGUUGGAGGCGACAGGGGUUACUAGUGUUUUGGCGUUUUGGCGUUUUGCUUUUGUAUGCAAGAAACAGCUCCUUACUGCAACCACAGUCCCAACGUUGCGUUGACGUGAUACAAAAGUCGGAAAACAC